AUUAAAAUCACCAUCCGGGAUUGGGGUAUUUAAACCACCAAAACUGUUAAAUUGUCACACUAUUACAAAUAUGUCCAAGAUGGGAUAUAUGGCAUAUAUAUUGGUGGUCUUUGCUCUCUUGUGUUUCUAUGUUAACGCAGAUCAAUGUACCUAUCGAGGAGGACAGUGUAAAAGGUCUUCCGGUGGUUGGUGGUUUUGGUCCAGGAGGCCAUCAUGUUACAAUGGAAGAUUUGUCAAUGGUCUUUGUUCUUCCAACUACAAAUGUUGUGUUCCAAAUACUCCAAAACCAACUAAAACAACUCCACCCCCAGUUUCCUACCAGUGUUAUGGUGAUUUUAUGAAGUUGAAUCCAACAGGGGCCGGCAAAUUAACUUCUGGACAAGAUUGGUUGAAAUAUACAGGAGUACGCGCGUCUAAUAAGAUGUUGGAUACUGAUUUAGCUGAAUUGAACAAACGUAAACAGUGUUACAUCCGAGCCGGAAGAAACAGUUGUAUCCAUCCAGCGAUUAUUGCAGCUAUUGCCAGUCGUGAGUCAAGGGGAGGUAGACUGUUGUAUGCUAGCAAUGGAUUGGGAGAUAAGAAGAAAGCGUGGGGCAUCAUGCAGUGUGACUUACACAAAUCCGGACAAGAUUGUAAAAAAUACAAAUGGGACAGCUGUGACCAUAUCAACCAUAUGACUCAAACAGUCUUAUUGCCGUUUGUUAAAACUAUCAAACGUAAUCAUCCAAGUUGGGCUGCGAAGUACCAACUUAAAGGAGGGGUAGCAGCCUACAAUUUCGGUCCCGGCAAUGUUCAAACUAUUCCUGGAAUGGAUGAUAAAACGACUGGUGAUGAUUACAGUAAUGACGUCAUUGCUCGAGCACAACGUCUUGUCAAAGCAUAUGGCUGGUAAAAUGUAUCUAUAUAAAAGAAGUUUAUUUACAAAUUUAAGCGAUAUUACACUUCAUUUAUUAUGAUUUGUUUUGUUAAUACAUGUAGUCUAGUAUUAAAUUUUGAAAAUGUA